GGGGGACCGUCGUGUUGACGACACUGUCUCAUUUCAACACGACAUCCUCCAUCUCCCCGAUCAAUGCGGCUGAUCUGAAUCAGUCCUUAUGAUCAGCAACAGUAUAUAUUCUUAGAGGUCCCAGAUGUUCAGCAACACAUGUGUUGGGCUGAAAGUAAGGGGGGAAGGGGGGAUUACGAGAUUAGUGGCACAGUGUGUGUGUGUGUGUGUGUGUGUGUGUGUGUGUGUGUGUGUGUGAUGCUGGGAGGCUGAGUGUGUGUCAGUACAGUUGGUCAGGUGGAGUGUGAGUGAGUGGUGAGGAGCAGGUUCUACAGGAAACCACUGGACUCUUGCACAGCUACAGCAUGAGGCUGCUCAGCAUCGGAACCCGGCCUCGAAGGGCUGCAGAACCCUCUGAACCAGAAUCAGAGGAAGGACCAGAGCCCACCAAGCACGAGCACUCAGAACACCAUCCAGACCACCCAGAACACAACCCAGAACACAACCCAGAACACAACCCAGAACACAACCCAGAACACCACCAUGACUACAAACACAUGAAGGACAAGUUCCUCAACGAAAUCACCCACCUGCCAAUGCCCAUGUGGGCGGUGGGGGCCAUCGUGGUGGUGGUGAUACUGCUGGUGGCCUGCUGCAUCUUCUGUGUCUUCAAGAAGUGCUGUGGCAAGAAGAAGAAGCCCAAGAAGGAGAGAGUUUCCAAGGGUGGACGGAGACGGAAGGCCAAGGAAGGAGAUGGAGAGGGAGGGGAGAAGGAGGGGGAGGACAAGAAGGAGGGAGGGGAGGAGGAGAAAGAGCAGGAGAAGCUGGGUAGACUGGAGUUCUCCCUGGACUACAACUUCACAGACGCACAGCUCAUCGUGGGGAUACUUCAGGCCCAGGACCUGGCCGCUAUGGAUAUGGGGGGGACGUCAGACCCCUAUGUCAAGGUUUUCCUGUUACCAGACAAAAAGAAGAAGUUUGAAACCAAGGUCCAGCGCAAGAACCUGUGUCCAGUCUUCAACGAGACUUUCAUCUUCAAGAUCCCGUACGCAGAGCUUGGAGGGAAGACCCUGGUUCUGCAGGUGUUUGACUUCGACCGCUUUUCCAAACAUGACAUCAUCGGGGAGAUCAAGAUCCCCAUGAACAGUGUGGACCUGGGUCAGCCCCUGCAGACCUGGAGAGACGUGGAGAGCGGAGAGAAGGAGGAGCAAGAGCUGCUGGGAGACAUCUGCAUCUCUCUGCGAUACGUUCCCACUGCCGGGAAACUGACCGUCAACAUCAUGGAGGCCAAGAACCUGAAGAAGAUGGACGUGGGAGGACUAUCAGACCCCUUCGUGAAGAUUGUCCUUCAGCAGAACGGGAAGAGGAUCAAGAAGAAGAAGACGACGGUGAAGAAGAACACCCUGAACCCCUACUUCAACGAGAGCUUCAGCUUUGAUGUUCCCUUCGAGCAGAUCCAGAAAGUGCAGGUGGUGAUCACCGUGUUUGAUUACGACAAGCUGGGCAGCAACGACCCCAUCGGCAAGAGCUUCAUGGGCUACGGGGCGACCGGUGUGGGACUCCGCCACUGGUCCGAGAUGCUAGCGAACCCGCGCCGCCCCGUAGCGCAGUGGCACACGCUGCUGCCAGAGGAGGAGGUGGAGGCAGCGCUGAAGGCUAAACCCCGCUAGCAGUACUGUUUGUUGUUUAAACAUGUUGUGGGUAAGAUUUAUGAGUUGCAAAGAGAGUCGUAAUUCCGGAAGAGAAUUUUUAACUCCCAAAUGUUGAAGUGGACCAUCGGCCAUUCACUGGCGCAUGUGAUUGAAAGGUCUAAGUCUCAAUUAUCUCGUCGAGAGGCCGCCACGCAGUCAACCAGAAGAGAUUUUCUGACAGAGCACUUCACACAAAUCUGAUGGAAGGUUUUGGUAUUUCUGAGAAAUUGCACUCAAAUUAAGAGCUCUUAAAUCUUACCUAAAGUAACAUAAAAUACAUGUUUUUGUGUUCAGAUCAUCAUUACUCUAUGAUGAGUAUCAGUAUAAUUUCUGUUAAUUAUGGCAUUUUACAACCACCCUAAUCCUGUCUUCCGUGUUUACAUGUUCUGUUGCCAUAUUCUGUUUUAUUCUAUUUUAGUUUGUUUAAGAGUGUGUGUGUGUGUGUGUGUGUGUGUGUGUGUGUGUGUGUGUGUGUGUGUGUGUGUGUGUGUGUGUGUGUGUGUGUGUGUGUGUGUGUGUGUGUGUGUGUGAGAAUUAUCUGCCGUAAAAUUCUGAAUGUUUAACUGGAAAGUGAUAUCUGUAAAAAUUAAUCUGUUGUACCCUGACAUCGAAGUAACAGUUGUAAUCCAUUUCCAACUCAUUCUAAUACGUUUGUUCUCUGUAUUGAAUCGUGUUUAUCAAGUAGGCCUAUCUAUUUGUACUUUGAAUGGUAUGCUCUCUGAUGUACUAAUACAGUGCGUAGAUGUUACAAUGACCUUAAAAGAUGUUGUAUGCUUCAUAAACCAAUAAAACCAUUGACCCGCC